UUUGUAAAUACGUGUCGAGUGUUUAAAAUGUUUUUAAAUAAGUGGUAUUUAAGUCACGGUUGAGAAAGUCUCUGGUGGCAGAUUCUUGGUAUUCUUAUUGUACUUCAUACAGCUGGACCAUGAAAUCAAGACACAUUUUAAGAACGUAUAUCAUUAUUUUUACUGUUAAUUUUUGCACGUGCUGGCGAUUUUUCCCAACGAUAGUUGACUACACUUUCAAAGAAUCAGUGCCAUACGUCGGUAACGCACAGAAUGAAUUUAUCUAUGGCGACUGCAUAACUAAGAAGAAGAAGUUUUACACUCAUGUCCAUCUGGACCGAAUGGAAGUUAUAGGGAAAAUUAUCUUAAGGGGCUGGCUGAAUAUAGAAAGAAUGCCAACUUGUAUCGUGUUGAGAGGCUCUUCAGCAGAUAACGAUCCCGUCGAAAUUUCCAAGGGUACAGCACACAGUUUCCAGUUCUGCAUACCUCGCGUCACCUUCUGUCAUUCGCAGAGACGAUGGAAGUAUUUCUAUUACGAAUGGUUCGUUCCAUACGAUCUAGCGAUUGGUAUGGACUGGGACAUAUACUUGUAUGGACCAGCAACCCAGGAAUGGACAUAAAUUCAACAACCUGUGAAUAACAGUGUAAUCGGGAUAUAUUAACGUCAGUGUCAUUAUACCCAUGUACACACGAUACGGUAUCUAUAUGUUCAUUGAUUUUACGCCACGAUGUGAUGAGCACUUGGCUUUAUUUGUGUGGCUCGGAUUGGGUAACAACUGAAUUCACUUAUCAGUAAAGAACCUUUGAGCAUGGCUUUUAGCUAAGUCAAUACAAUAUCAACUUUCAUAUUAUCUAUUGUAGUGCGUUCAAUGAUUCCGUGAUUUUUAUUGUUAUUACUAUGUAUAUUUAGGUUUUUUGUAAUAUAGGAGUUUAUUAGGGUUCCGUACUUCGAAAAGAAAAACGGAACUCUUGUUGUCUGUCUGUCUGUCAACCUGUCAAGACCCGUAAUCAAAAGAUAAACACUUUUGUCACAAAUUUUGAGCUCAGAAUCUUGAAUUUCUUUGCAAGAAUUGCAAAAACCGUAUUUUUGCACAAUUAUAAUAAAAAUAUUUAAAGUAUAUUUUCCGACUUUUACUUAUAUAACUACAAAUUUAUAUACCCAAAUAUAUACAAAUUUACAGUGUGUCCGGUUUGAUUUUAACUUAUUUAUUUUGUUAUUUUAGAAUAUGAAUGUUUAAAAGUAACAACAUUACCGCUUAUAAUAUACAAAGCAUUUAGCUUGAUUUUCAUAUUUCGGCGUUGAUAUUAAUGCUUCUGCGACUGUUUAUAAAAUUGUUUAACAAAUUUUGUUUGUUAGUAAUUCCAUACCCGUAAUGUUUGAUUCUUUAUCGGAUGUCCUAACAUUCUUAAAUAUUGCUUUAAAAUAAGAGUUCUGAGCGAAGUGUUCAUUAUUUGUCAGUAGUUAACUGAGUUGAGGUUGUCUGAGAAGUCAGUAAUUCAUCAUAAAAAUGGGUUUUCAUUACUUGUCGAUAUUUUUCUAUAUUUUACGUAAGUACAUUUUUUUAAAGUAUUGUUUUAUUUUGUUUCUGAAACUCUGUUUCUUUUGCUUCUGAAAAUUGUUGUGGAAGUGGGAUGCCACUAGACGCUAUGUAACGUGCUGUCUUGCUUCUACAACGACAGCACUUCUGAGGGUUCACCGAAUUAUCUAAAAGUAAUAUUAUUACCGCUGUGGGAGGGAGAAAGCACGCUACAUCAUGAAGAACGUCAUCUCUUUUCCACUACAAUCACUUUAAAAUUUCAAGAUUUCUUAUUCUGUCACAAAGCUUAAGAAAUUCUUUGAAGCAGGCGACUUUAAUUUUUGUUUUUCUUAUUUUCAUAUUUAAUUUUAGUCAGAGUGCUAGACACAUCAAGCUACAGGGUGCAUUCAGCGCUUAACAGUAUUGUAUUCACGAAUAUUCCAAGGAUCUAUGGUAAGUUUCUAUUUUCAUUUUCGCACAAUUAUAUUUAAACGUAAACUUGUAAUGUUUGUGUUGGAUUAGCAAUAAAUUAUCUGAACUCAAUUUUUUUUUGGCU